UGCAGUCAUACCUUGUAUAAGUUAGCCACUGUAUUAAGAAUGAAAGAGUUCAAAUUCACCCAAGCUGAUAAAGAAAAGUUCGAGGAAGAUGGUUACCUCGCUCUGGAAGGAUUUCUAAGUGAAGCAGAAUGCGAUGAACUACGUGGGGAAUGUAGAAACAUUGUUGAUGAAAUGAAUCCCGAGGAACAUAAUACUGUCUUCUCUACUGAUAAACAUGAACAGAUGGAGUCAAAUUAUUUGUUGACAAGCAACGACAAAAUUCGUUUCUUUUGGGAGAAAGAGGCUUUGGAUGAAAAUGGUAAAUUAUGUCUUCCAAAGCAUGGGGCAUUAAAUAAGGUUGGCCAUGCGUUACAUAUUCUAAGCGAGCCGUUCCGUGAAGUUACUUUCAGUGAAAAAAUGCAGUCAAUUUUCAGAGGUCUUGGUUUUGUGAAGCCUGCUAUACCACAAAGCAUGUAUAUAUUUAAGCCAGCGAAGAUUGGCGGAGAGGUGAACCGGCACAUCGACGCGACAUUUCUUUACUCCGAUCCCUUAAAGUUAGUUGGCGUGUGGUUGGCCCUCGAAGACGCGACGCUUAACAACGGGUGCAUGUGGUUUGUACCUGGGUCGCAUAAACAAUGUGACGUAACAUACAGGAUGGUUAUGAACCCGGUAGAGGGCGCUAGGCCUGCGACCGUUUUCGAAGGAAAUAUGAAACAUUAUGAUUUUGACGACUACAAGGCUGUUCCGGUUAAAGAGGGAACCCUUGUUCUUAUACACGGGAAGGUCCACCAUAGGAGCAACAGAAACACUUCGGAAAAUUCUAGAAAUAUUUACACUUUCCAUGUCACAGAAACGAACAAUUCGAAAUGGAGUGAAAGAAAUUGGCUCCAGCCAGCAAACGGCACGCAGUUCCCUCUGUUAUACGAAGACUCCAAUGUUACAAGUUAAACAACGGGACCCUGUAUAACGUAUAGUACUGUGAGGGAAGAUGGGACACCUUUAGCACAUGAUAUAAAAAUAUCCUGAUUAUGUUUUAAACAAUUAACAACGGUCUAUGGGAGUCGUGGGGAUACGGUUUUAUAAUUCUUUGAAUGCUCUUUGUUUACUACCAAAUGGGACAAGAAAAUAGAAUAAAAAGGUGUCCCAUCUCACCCCACCAUACUGCUGUAUGUAAAAACGUCGUUGCCUAUAUCUUUGUGUGCGAAACUGAGGCCUAGCCUUAGCGUUAAAAACUUCCAGCUAUUAAUCAUGUAUCUGGAGAUUAUUGUUUGUUUGUUCGUAUAUAACGCUUAGGUGUGUUUUGUAAGUUGUGUUUGGUGCACUAUUACUAAAAAUGCAUUAUAUUACUGUAUACUAGAUAUAGCUGCUGCAAAUUGUGGUGCUUUGUGUA